UCCAGCUCCACACCCUAGUGGGGUCUCCACAGCGCUGGUGGCCAUGGACCACGAGAGGGGCCAGAACCUCGGGGCCAGGGCGCUGAUGCUCCAGGUGGCCAGGGGGCUGAGGACAGACCUGUGGGGCGCAGCCACCGGGCCCUGGAGGAGCCUGGCUAGGAUGCCAAAGCCAGAGGUGCUGGACACGGAGGCAGCCGCUGCAGGACAGGAGUGCUUGCUGCCAAUUGAGAGAAGCUUUCAGGCCGCCGCUAAAAGCAAUAAUUUGGAUCUUAUGGAGAAGCUGUUUGAAAAGAAGGUUAACAUUAACGCUGUGGACAAUAUGAGCCGCACAGCCCUGCACUUUGCAGUGGGGAGGAAUAAUUUAUCUGCGGUGGAUUUCUUACUGAGUCACAAAGCCAGGGUGGAUGUUGCCGACAAGCACGGCUUGACGGUAAUUCACCUUGCAGCCUGGUCUGGUAGCUUCGAGAUCAUGCUCAUGCUAGUAAAAGCUGGAGCAGACCAGAGAGCCAAAAGCCAGGAAGGCAUGAAUGCUCUACACUUCGCAGCUCAGAACAACAGCCUGCACAUUGUGGAUUACCUCAUUCAAGACUUGCACCUGCAGGACCUGAACCAGCCCAAUGAGAGAGGAAGAAAACCAUUUCUUUUGGCAGCUGAAAGGGGCCAUGUUGAAAUGAUUGAAAAGUUUAUCUACCUUAAUCUGCAUACUUCAGAAAAAGACAAGGAGGGGAACACCGCCUUGCACCUGGCUGCGAUGCAUGGCCACAGCCAGGCAGUGCAGGCUCUACUGACUCAGUGGCAGGAAGUCAACGAGACCAAUGAGAAUGGAGAAACUCCAUUCAUGUUGGCUGUCGAAGGAGGUCACGAGGAAUGCAGUCGCGUGCUCCUGGCAGGAGGGAGUGAUGUCAACAUUCCAAACAAACUCAAUGUCAGUGCUUUGCAGACAGCGACCCGGAACGGCCACGCAUCUCUUGUCAACUUUCUUCUCAGUGAGAAUGCUGAUCUGCCGCAGCAGAAGGAACCUAAGGAGCCCCCUCUUCACUUAGCAGUGAUCAACAACCACCCUGCAGUGGUAAACAGCUUAUUAAGUGCUCAGCAUGACGUCAACAGCUUAGAUGAGAGGCAGCAGACCCCUCUGCACGUGGCUGCUGAUCUCGGCAACGUGGAGCUGGCGGAGACACUGCUGAAGGCUGGCUGCAACCUGAAACUCGCUGACAAGCAAGGAAAGACUGCCCUGGCUGUGGCUGCCAGGAGCCACCACAGUCUCAUUGUGGACAUGAUCAUCAAAGCUGAGAGGUACUCUGCAUGGAGAGAGGAGAACCAUGAGAGCAUCCAGGGCUCGACGGUGAACUCUGCACUGACAUUUAAGCAGGACCACAGCCCAGAGACCAGGCACAUCCGCAUGUGCCUCUGGGAGCUGGCCUACCGGCGGCUGAAGGAUAAGGACUGGCAGAGGCUGGCCCGCUUGUGGAGCUUUACGGAGGACCAGAUCAGAGCCAUCGAGGAACAGUGGUCAGGUAACGACAGCUUCCGUGAGCACGGCUACAGGGCUCUGCUCAUCUGGCUGCAUGGGGCUCUGAUGACACAGCCUGACCCUGCCAAGCAGCUGUACGAGGAGCUGGUGCGUGCAGGAUUCUCAGACCUGGCUGAAACAACUCGUCAGUUCAAAAGUAGCCCUGCCUCACGCUCCAAGAAAUGUGCAGUCUCCUAAGCGGAAGAAACAGUGCAGACGGCUCCCCC